AUUUCAUUAUUACAUUACCUUCCCUUCAGAUCCAACCUAGCUGUAUUGUUCGUCUCCUCCGACUCUGUGAACUUCUUCACCAGAUCCGUUUGAUCUGAAGAUCUAGCGAUGUUUCUAUUCGAUUGGUUCUAUGGGAUUCUCGCGUCGCUUGGUCUCUGGCAGAAAGAGGCGAAGAUUCUCUUCCUCGGCCUCGAUAAUGCCGGAAAAACCACUCUCCUUCACAUGCUCAAAGACGAGAGAUUGGUGCAGCACCAGCCAACACAGCAUCCGACGUCGGAGGAAUUGAGCAUCGGAAAGAUCAAGUUCAAGGCUUUCGAUUUGGGUGGUCACCAGAUCGCUCGCCGUGUCUGGAAGGAUUACUACGCUAAGGUGGAUGCAGUCGUGUACUUGGUGGAUGCCUUCGACAAGGAAAGGUUUGCUGAAUCAAAGAGGGAGCUCGAUGCACUUCUGUCGGAUGAAGCCCUAGCCAGCGUCCCUUUCCUCAUCCUCGGGAACAAGAUCGAUAUCCCUUACGCUGCCUCGGAAGACGAGCUCAGGUACCAUCUCGGGCUGACCAACUUCACUACUGGGAAGGGCAAGGUUGUUCUCGCGGAUUCCGGGGUUCGCCCUCUUGAAGUUUACAUGUGCAGCAUCGUCAGAAAGAUGGGUUAUGGCGAUGGGUUCAAGUGGCUUUCUCAAUACAUCAAGUAAGAGCUUCUUUUUUUUCCAUGGUGUCUGGAUUAGGACACGGAAAUCGGAAGACACAGAGAGACUUUACUUGUAGUGUCAAGGUUUUUUUUUUUUUUUUUUUUUUUUGAAGUUUACGUCUUUGAAGGAACCAUGUUCGGUUCCUUUUGUUGACUCCAUAGAUUUUUUUUUUUUUAAUCAUCAAUCGCGUUUUGUUCACAAAAUAUAUCGCAGACUCGUUGAAUGAU